GGAGGAAGUCUUUUUUUAGCCAAUCACAGCCACGUUUGCUCACCUAUCUGGCAGCACCAACAUGGCAGCUUUCUGAGUUUUGGAGGAGGGAAUCUGUUCAAAUAAACUCAAAAUCGGGCUGUAUUGAAAACGACAGCGCUGCGGGGCUUCAUUUUAUGACGUGUGGGAUAGCAGAGGAAAAAUGUCGAAUGACGGGAAUAAGUUUUGGAAGCGAAACACGGCGAAGGUUCCUGGCAGCAUCCAGCAUGUGUACGGCGCACAACAUCCACCUUUCGACCCCCUGCUUCACGCAAAUCUAAUUAAAGCUGGUAACAAGCCUCCUCCGGCUACGCCUGGAAAACCUAAAAAAGCCGCCACUUUCCAGGAGUUUGAGAGCACUACGAGUGACGCCUGGGACGUGGACGAUGACGAACUGUUGGCAAUGGGCGCCCAAAAUCUUAACAUUGAGGUUGUCAUGGAAACGGCAAAUAAGGUGAUUGAGAACCAUAGCAGGCAGCAGGAGAGGCAGAGACAGGACGACUCUUUGGAGGUGGAGCAGAAGGAGGAAGAGCCCACAGAGGAGGACCCCGAGGACCAGGACUUGGAUGUGGAAGGGGAGGAGGAGGUGGAGCGAUCCCACGAGGGAGAGCUGCCCAGCCCGGAGGUUUCAUUUACCUCCAGCCCCUACAGCGAUAUGCGCCUGGUCAAGUCCCACAGUGAGGCUCCAAUUGGGUCACCAAAAGAUGCGGAGAGUGAACGAGCCCUUCACAGACAGCGGUCCCUGCCCCACCGGCCCCCUGUCAUCCCGUUAGUGGCACGAAUGGCAGACCAGAACACGUCUGGGACCCCCGCCAUGACCGAGAGAGAGGCCUCCAGGCUCGACAAGUUCCGACAGAUACUGGCUGGACCCAACACAGAUCUGGAUGAGCUACGGAAACUGAGCUGGUCUGGAAUCCCUAGACAAGUUCGACCAAUAACGUGGAAGCUACUUUCAGGAUACCUGCCUGCCAACGCAGAGAGAAGAGACAGUGUACUACAGCGGAAAAGACAGGAAUAUUUUGGUUUUAUCCAGCAAUACUACGACUCCCGUAACGAUGAGCACCACCAGGACACAUAUAGACAGAUUCACAUUGACAUACCGAGAACUAAUCCUCUUAUUCCUCUCUUUCAACAAGCUUCUGUUCAAGAGAUUUUUGAAAGGAUAUUAUUUAUCUGGGCGAUUCGACACCCGGCCAGUGGAUACGUUCAAGGCAUCAACGACCUGGUUACGCCAUUCUUCGUAGUCUUCGUGUUUGAGUACAUUGAGGAGGAGGUGGAAAACUUUGACGUGUCCAGUCUAGAGGAAGAGGCUCUGAAGAACAUCGAGGCAGACAGCUUCUGGUGCAUGAGCAAACUGCUGGACGGCAUCCAGGACAACUACACAUUUGCACAACCAGGGAUCCAGAGGAAAGUUAAGGCACUGGAGGAGCUCGUCAGCAGGAUCGAUGAAUCCGUGCAUCGCCACAUGCACCAGUACGAGGUGGAGUACCUACAGUUUGCUUUCCGCUGGAUGAACAACCUCCUGAUGAGAGAGCUGCCUCUGCGCUGCACUAUCCGACUAUGGGACACCUACCAGGCUGAACCAGAGGGCUUCUCCCACUUCCACCUGUACGUCUGCGCGGCCUUCCUGGUGCGAUGGCGGAAAGAGAUCCUAGAAGAGAGAGAUUUUCAGGGACUGAUGAUCCUUCUGCAGAACCUUCCCACGAUGCACUGGGGCAACGAGGAGGUCAGCGUACUACUGGCCGAAGCCUACAGGUUGAAGUUUGCCUUCGCAGACGCCCCCAACCACUACAAGAGAUGAUAGGCCUUUUGCACCUAUCUCCUCAGACUUACUCCUGUCUUAAUCCUCCUGUGUUGAACGAGAGGUUUACGGGAAGGACCUCUUCUUCAACAUCCUUUCUGUGAUCGGCCUUUGAGAUUUGAAUCAACCAAUGACUGCGAAGGACAAGUUUAGCAUCUUUUUAAAUUAUAGCUCCAAUCAGCUUUGGCGUAUAGACUUGAACUUAAUGUGAGAAACGCGUGAGCUGGCACCUCUUUGGUACAUCCCCAAGCCUAAUGCAGGACCGUGGCAUGACAUCGCCUGGGGAUUCUGUCACGCUCUGAGAAAAUGCUCCUUCCAUGGUAAUACAUUGUUUUCUCCUUUCCCUCUGGAGGCAAAAAUGUGACCUUUUUUCAGUUGAGAAAGACAAAGCACGAAGGCAAAAGGGCAAAGCUCCAGAUGGCUUACAUAUCUGAGCUUUCCUGGUGACCACCGGAGGGAACGCCAAUGUGUGCUAAUUUGUUCAGUUUUUAUUUAAUUUAAUAUGUUUUCUUGCUUCAGGAAAAAAAAAAAAAAAAAAAUCAUUAUCAGGAUGGCCAAGAUGCAACGUUAAGUCAGGGGCUUUUUUGCUACGUUUUACAGAACAUAUAGUCUUAAAACUGAAAUUGCCAGGUCCAGUCAGAAAUAAUGUAGUAUUUUGUAGGACAACACCUAAACACUACUUGCCUGUGCCUUUAUUUAGGCAAACUAUCGGAUUGUAUUUUUACACUGAUGUUCAUUGGUUUUCUGUCCAUCUUGUUACACACUCUGCACAAUGGAAACGGCUAAACUCACGGCUAACUGGCCAAACUAGUUAUUUUGACCUGCUUUGUUAUUAUCAUCUUAUUUAUCCAAUAUUAUAAGAUAUAAGGCUAUUGAUUCAAAUCAUGAUAGAUUUAAUUUGGGUAUUGUAUGACUGAGUUCAAGCAGUUUGUGUAAUUGCGAGUGAAUUGGUAUGACUCAAACAAGAGGUACAAAUCACCUUCAAGUACUUAAUUAUACUGAUUGGCUUUCCUCCAUAAUACUUGUUUCUUAAAAUAGAAUAGUUGAUCUGAAAAGAAACAUCAAGCUUACAUGAGUAACAAUUCAACUUAUGGUGUUUUUCCAUUAAAAAGUGUGUUUUCUGAUUUGUCAUUGAGCUCAUGUAGUCUGACUGGAUGCUAUUUACAUAUUCACUUUUUUGUUUGCACCACCAGUCACUUUUAUAUCUUCAAAAGCAACAAAUGUUUACCUAAUCGGCUCUUAUUAAACCAAUUUCCCACUCCCGUGUCAAAACAAGCUUGAUUCGCUUAUAUUUGACUAUACAGAAAACAAAUCUUCUAUCAACUUUAAUUUAGUCCAUUGCCUGGUGGUUACGAGUCUCCCCUCAUGGAAAGAAAGAUCUUAAUAUAUUGACUUGGCUUCCCUGCUUUACCCUAAAAAGUCUCAUAUUAUGCAAAAAAAAAAAAAGUACCUUGGAGUCAUGUGCAUGUUUGAGUAAUCCUGCACGGUGAGGCCAUCUUCUCAAGAACUGAAAAUGUGUUAUUUCAAAAUUCUCUGUUAAACCAAAUCUCCCCUUCGUGCCCAAGUUCUUCUCAUUUCAAAGUCUUUAUACCCUCACGAAACUCAUUCUAAUCACCAAACUGCCAUGUGCCUUCACUACAAACCAUCUCUUGCAAGUUAC